AUGCCCAAUUUAGACCCCUCACAACAAGAGCGGCCUGAGUCUGACGGUGUCAUGGACUCCACAACCAACUCGGUACAAGACAAUGUACCAUUGUCGAGAGAACUGCCUGAUAUCAGACAGUUGUACAGAUCGAUAUCAGGAGAAUCACACAACCACAAUUCUAAACGACCUAACCACAAGAGCCCAGCAUACUCUCGUCAAAAUUCGUCUCAUAUCAUUUCAAAUCCAAUGAGUUUUUUCCACCGAUGGGGUGAAGAUCCACAAGAGUCAAGGUACAGCUCAGACGAAGAAGAGGCAGCUGACAAUGAAGAAGGCAUGACAUCAGAUAAUCAGCCUGGAAGCAAUAGAGUCAACCAGGAUGAGCCAAUCUCACCUCAAUCACGUCGCUCUUCAGCUAUUCAAAACUUUUCCAAAUUCGUCAGGCCAAACCGUGAGUCUGAACCAAGAAGAAAGAGAAAAGACAAGAAUCAUCGGCCAGAAUCUCAGAUGGAGGACCAGAAUGAUUCCUAUACAGAAACAGAGAAAAGAGCACAAUUGCUUGUGAACUCAUUUGUUGUCAAUGUGCCAUCUCUAGGUGUUAUGGCGUCAUGUUUGUUUGUGGACGAAGGUGGGAUAGCCAGAGCACCUUUGCUAUUUUCUUUAUUAGGAUUCCAAUUUUCUGAUCUUUCGUCGAAUGAAAAUACCAAGAAUAGACUUUAUCGUAUUGAUUUGGAAUACGGUGUUGGUGAUAAAAGUAUGAAGUGGAGCAUUGAGAGAACAAUCACCGAUAUAUUUUACUUGCACACGCGUUGUAAACUUGACAAUUGGCGAUCGGUUUUUGGUAACAAAACCAAGUUGCCUAAAUUUCCUGUUCCUUCUAUAAAGGACCGAAGGAAAAAGACAAAGUUGCUAGAUACUUCUUCGCAGAUGCAACCUGAUGGUGGCGGCGCAGACAACCAAUCGUUAAUAAGUGCACAGUCGGGUCUUUCGAGAAUGAGACUGCGAUUGGAAAGCUUGGCAUCCAUUGUAUCUCCCGUUCAUGGACAGAGGGAAAGUGACUCGGAAAACUUGAGGCUUCAUCAAAGGAAUAUCGAAUACAUGAAGCAAUUAGAUAAUUAUUUGAAAGAGCUCAUCAAAUACGUUGCUUUGACUCCUUUAUCCAAUUUAGUGUUUAUGUUUUUUGAAAUUUCGCCAAUUUCUUCGUUGUUAAACUAUGAAGGUUCAUUUCAAGGAAAACAAGGGUCAAUUCACAUCAGCUCAUCAGCUAAAAAGCAAGGAUGGAGAGUUGGGCAUUUCAAAGCCAAUGACUUGAAAGGAAUGUAUGAUCGACGAACUGAAAAAUGGAUGUUGGUCAGAAACAGCUAUGUGGUUUAUGUUUCCGACAUAAAUUCAACAACACCCUUGGAUGUGUUUUUGGUUGACUCAAAUUUCAAGAUUCACUCCAAGAGCAAUAUAGUCAAAGACGAUGACGACAAUGUCAAUUUUGAUGAAAAUGAAGCUGACAAGAAUGUGCGUCACCACACCAAGCUCUUUCCGCAUUUGAAAAUUGUUUUGGAAAAUAGGGAGCGAAAAUUGGUGGUUAAUCCCAAGUCCUCAAGAGAUCACAAAGCUUGGUUAGAAUCUUUCCGUCGAAUGCAACAUAGCACUGAAUGGGGAAUGAAACAUCGAUUUGAUUCUUUUGCUCCAAUUAGACAAAAUUGUUUUGCUCAAUGGUUUGUCGAUGGAAGAGAUUACUUUUGGGCAGUAUCUGCAGCUAUGGAGAUGGCUAAGGAGACUAUAUACAUUCAUGACUGGUGGUUAUCUCCAGAACUUUACUUAAGAAGACCGGCAUUGGGUAACCAGCAGUACCGAAUUGACAGGUUGUUACAAAGAAAGGCAAAAGAGGGUGUUAAAAUUUUUGUCAUUGUGUACCGGAAUGUCGGAACAACUGUUGCCACUGACUCUUUAUACACAAAGCACUCAUUAUUGUGGCUCAACGAAGAAAACAUUCAUGUUAUAAGAUCACCCAAUCAGCUCUUACAAAACACCUUUUUCUGGGCCCAUCAUGAAAAAUUAUGCAUCGUAGAUCUGACUUAUGCAUUUUUGGGAGGCAUAGAUUUAUGUUAUGGUCGAUACGAUACAGCUGACCAUGUUCUAACUGAUGAUUCACCCGAAGACUUUGAACAAUUUGGAAUAGAUGAUCACGCCACCGCAGCCGAUUUAGAAAAUUUUCAGGUUUUCAUGGGUAAAGAUUAUUCCAAUCCUAGAGUCAAAGAUUUCUUUGAUUUGGACAAGCCUUACAAAUCCAUGUAUAAUAGAAAAAUUAUUCCAAGGAUGCCUUGGCAUGAUAUCCAUAUGAUGACUUAUGGGAAAACUGCAAGAGAUUUGUCACGACAUUUUGUCCAACGAUGGAAUUAUUUGAUUAGACAAAAAAGACCCAGUAGGCUUACACCGUUGUUGUUACCACCACCAGAUUUCACAGAUGAGGAAGCUCGAAAUGCGGGAUAUAGCGGCACUUGUGAGGUUCAACUAUUACGAUCUUCAGGAAAAUGGUCUUUGGGUCUUGAAGAGCACGAGCAAAGUAUUCAAAAUGCCUACUUGAAAUUGAUAGAGACUUCGGAACAUUUCGUUUACAUUGAAAAUCAAUUUUUUGUAACAUCAUGUUUCAUUGAUGGCGUUGAAAUAAAGAAUAGAAUUGGUGAUGCCUUAGUUGAAAGGAUAAUUCGCGCACACCAAGAGGGUCUCACUUGGAAAGCAAUAAUCGUCAUUCCUUUGAUGCCAGGUUUUGAAGCUCAAGUUGAUGAAGCAGAAGGAUCAUCAGUUCGGGUAAUCAUGCAAUGUCAAUUUAUGUCCAUAUCCAGAGGUGAGACUUCAAUCUUUGCUAAGUUGAGGAAAAAGGGCAUCAAUCCCGAUGAUUAUAUUCAAUUCUUUUCCUUACGAAAGUGGGGUAGAAUAGGUCUACAACGAACCUUAGUCACCGAACAACUAUAUAUUCAUGCCAAAUGCAUGAUUGUGGAUGAUCGAUCAGUCAUAAUUGGUAGUGCCAACAUUAAUGAAAGGUCUAUGCGUGGAGUGAGAGAUUCUGAAGUUGCUGCAGUCGUAAGGGACACAGAAAUGAUUUCAACUCAUAUGAAUGGUGAGCCCUAUAAGGCUGCCAGAUUUGCUCACACAUUGAGGAUGAGAUUGAUGAGGGAACACCUUGGCGUCAGUAUUGAUAUCCUAGAUGCCGUCGAAAGGCGCUUCAAGAGGUUCGAGGAAUAUGCUAAAUCUGAAGAUGGGUUGAAAUUCGCCACUAACAAGUUCAGCAAAAAAAGCUAUUCAGUUAACUCAGCCAUGGUUGAAAUAGCCUCGAGGGAUGUGUUGAAUGAGAAGGAAGGUACCAGAAGAUGGAAAGAUCACAUCAAUCUUUCAAAGUUAGAUGAGACCGUAGCUGAGGUUGAUUAUGCGGAAGAGAUUGAGGAUGCACCAAAACCCUUGGACCUACCAACAAUGUUCAACUAUAGGACCGGUCCAAAGGAGGCUAAUAUAGGGGUCCGUGACAAGAAGAAGAAGUCUUAUGAUAAUCGUGUGCAACACAAUGAGCAACAUAAGGCAGACGUUCGGGGCUACGGUAUAGACAAGUAUCAGUCGGAAUUUGCUAAAAGUGCUCGCUUAUCGAGUAGCAAGUUCUUAAAAGAGAAAUCGCUUGAGGUAAUGGAGUCUGAUUUGCCAAAAACCAACUUUGUACCCCUGUAUGAGGACGUUCUUGAUUUCUUGAAUUGCGAUGACGAACAUGUUGCAGCCAAUGAUGAUGAGGAAUCUGAGCAUCUCAUCAACGAAAGAAAUGAAGAAAGAUGGCUCUUGUUGAAAAAGGUUUCGUAUUUGCAAAGAGUUGCAGCCAAUGAAAUGAAGUACGUUACCAUUGAAAAUAAGAAACGUGCUGAUGCUGGAAUGCUGCCAUUAAAGGCUUCAACUGAUGCGAACGGAACUCUUACUGAAGCCAACGAGUCGACCACUGAGGACAACUCAAAUACCGAGGAGGCAAUUAGAAGUGGUUUCCAGGCCGAUUCUCCUGUUUCAUGCAGCGACCAAGAAAUCAAAGACAUCCUUGAGACUAUCUCUUCUCCAGAUGCUGAUUGUGCCAACUCAUUCAUUGACCCUUAUGGGUUCGAGGAUCCAUUGAGUCCUGAGUUUUACGAGCUAUUAUGGUAUGAAAUAGCGAGAAAAAACACUGAUAUUUUCCGUAUGGUGUUUCACUGCCAACCUGAUGAUGCAGUUGCUCGGUGGUCUGAUUAUACAAAUUUUGCUAAAUUGCAGAGCAAGUUUAUGAAGGGUCAAUUGUCUGACAAAGAGGCGGUUUCUACAUCAAAACCAGAGACGAGUGAACUAAGUGAUGACAUCCUUCGCCUCGGGAACGAUUUUAAGCAAUCCGUGGAUGAUUUAGAGGAAGAUAUGGGAGUUUUGGGAAGAGUACCUCCAGAAAAGAAAGAGCUUGGCAAGUCUGCUGAACAUGAGGGCAAGAGACGUCACAAGUUGACCAGAAAAUUUAGCUCUGUUCCGGAUAAAGAAGGGAAGAGGAACCAACCCGAAGACCAAGAUGCAUUUGUUGAUAACAAUGAUGUGCCAGAGCUGGAUGAAAACGACUUUCACAAUGACCUUGGACAAGACACCACUGAUGAAUCACCAACUCACACAGCGACCAGAAAAGAAAAUGGAACUUCAAAAACGCACGAGAAGUACCGCAAGAAUAGAGCUACUAAUUUUGCAACUCGUAGACGGAUGUUGUCUGGAGAGUUGGUUUACGACAAGGAAGCCGCUGAAAAAUUGUUGAGUAAUAUCAAAGGGCAUUUGGUUCUAUUCCCCACCCAAUGGCUUGAUGUUGAGUUGGAAAAUAACAAUUGGUUCUACAACACAGAUAGAAUUCCUCCAAUGGAAAUUUAUGAUUAG